AUGAGUGGAACGGACAUCAGUGCCAGUCGAUCCGCGUGCAACAGCAAGGGCAGCAUGAUUGUUGUGUCGAACAGAUUGCCUUUUAUUUUGAGGAGGAAUGACAAAACCGGCGAUCUCGAGAGGAAAGCCAGCGCCGGUGGCUUGGUCACGGCGGUGGCCCCCGUAGUGAUCAGAGGUGGUGGCAUCUGGGUAGGAUGGCCAGGCAUACACCUGGACGACCCCAAUGAGAAGAUCCCUGAGUCUAACCCUAAUGACAAGACACCCACCGCUGGCUUGCUGUCUGAGAAGAUUGUACCAAUCCACGCCGAUCCAAAACUCUUUGACAGUUACUACAAUGGUUGCUGCAACGGUACCUUCUGGCCCUUGUUCCACUCUAUGCCUGACAGAGCCACCUUCAUCGCAGACCACUGGAAGGCAUACAUCAAGUGUAACGAGGAGUUCGCUGAGAAAACAGUCCACGCCCUCCAUUUGCUAAAACAGCAGAAGGGAAAGAAUGGCAACUCACCGCCAAUCGUAUGGGUCCACGAUUAUCAUCUCAUGUUAGCUGCUAACUGGAUUAGACAGCGAGCUGAAGAAGAUGAAAUUAAGUGCAAGUUGGCAUUCUUCUUGCACAUUCCAUUCCCACCAUGGGACAUAUUCAGACUGUUCCCAUGGUCAGAUGAAGUACUUCAGGGCAUUCUUGGGUGUGAUAUGGUCGGUUUCCACAUAACUGAUUACUGCCUGAACUUCAUUGAUUGCUGCCAGAGAAACUUAGGUUGUCGUGUGGACAGAAAGAAUCUUUUGGUUGAGUUGGGAGGCCGCACCAUCUGUGUGCGACCUCUACCUAUUGGAGUACCGUUCGACAGAUUCGUGCAGUUGGCACAGAACGCGAAACCAGUGCUCUCUACCAACCAACAAGUGAUAUUAGGAGUCGACAGACUGGAUUAUACCAAAGGAUUAGUACAUAGACUGAAAGCCUUCGAGCGGUUACUGGAGAAAUAUCCGGAACACAUAGAGAAAGUAAUGCUGCUUCAAAUCUCAGUACCGUCCAGAACGGACGUCAAGGAGUACCAAGACUUAAAAGAAGAAAUGGAUCAGCUAGUUGGAAGAAUUAACGGCAGAUUUACUACACCCAACUGGUCACCUAUUAGGUACAUUUAUGGAUGCGUCGGACAAGAUGAACUGGCAGCAUUUUACCGUGACGCUGCGGUCGCCCUGGUCACACCUCUGCGAGACGGUAUGAACCUCGUGGCGAAGGAGUUCGUCGCUUGCCAGAUCAACAAGCCGCCAGGUGUACUGAUAGUGUCUCCCUUCGCUGGUGCUGGAGAGAUGAUGCACGAGGCUCUAAUCUGCAACCCGUAUGAGCUGGAUGAUGCUGCUGAAGUUAUUCACAGGGCUCUGAUAAUGCCGGAAGAUGAGCGCACGGUCCGUAUGAACCAUCUAAGGAGACGAGAGCAGCUCAAUGACGUUGACAGCUGGAUGAAAGCGUUCCUCAAAGCUAUGGACUCCCUGGAAGAGGAAGCUGAUGACAUUGGAGCUACGUCCAUGCAGCCCGUCACUAUCGAUGAUUUCGAUGAAUAUUUGUCGAAAUACAUCGGUUACACGCAGAAGUUGGCGCUUUUACUGGACUACGACGGAACCCUAGCGCCCAUAGCACCCCACCCAGACCUGGCGACCUUGCCAUUAGAGACCAAACACACGCUGCAGAGACUCUCCAACAUGUCCGAUGUUUAUAUUGCCAUUAUUUCUGGCAGAAACGUCGAUAACGUUAAGAAUAUGGUGGGCAUCGAAGGUAUCACAUACGCGGGUAACCACGGUCUGGAGAUCCUGCAUCCUGAUGGAUCCAAGUUCGUGCACCCCAUGCCCAUGGAACUGCAGGACGCCGUCGUUGAUCUGCUUAAGGCCCUGCAAGAACAGGUUUGCAAAGAUGGCGCUUGGGUAGAAAAUAAGGGUGCCCUGCUAACAUUCCACUACCGUGAGACACCUGUGGCGAAGCGUGCUGCGCUGGCAGAACAAGCCAGGAAGCUCAUCACGGAGGCAGGGUUUACACCAGCACCUGCGCAUUGCGCCUUAGAAGCUCGCCCACCAGUGGAGUGGGACAAAGGUCGCGCAUCUAUUUAUAUCUUGAGGACAGCUUUCGGUUUAGACUGGAGCGAGAGGAUUAGGAUUAUCUACGCUGGUGAUGACGUCACUGAUGAAGAUGCCAUGUUGGCGCUGAAAGGUAUGGCAGCUACAUUCCGUAUCGCGUCGUCUCACAUCACGAAGACUUCAGCAGAGAGGCGGUUGUCAUCAACGGACUCAGUGCUCGCCAUGUUGAAAUGGGUGGAACGACACUUUUCCCGCCGCAAGCCGCGCGCCAAUUCGUUGACGUACAAAAACGCGCGAAAAGCUCGUGACACCAUACAAAUGCACAUGUCAUACCAAAUGCCCGCCAAAACGUCGCCACGUCACACGCCGCCCCUCACACCGGACAAAACCUCCAGCGGCUCAGAGUCCAGCUAA